GAAGGUCACGUGUCUAUUCUUUUCCUGCGUCUGAAGUGUGGCUCACCAACAGACAGCGAGUUAGCUACUGUACUCACGCAAAGCUAAAAACAUUACAUAUAUAUUUUAUAAUAAUCCACUGGAAUAAUUCCGUGGCAACAAGACCUCGCUACUGAUAUAAACCACCAUGGUCGGCGUUAAAGUGAUCGGGAGUGAUCCGGACUUCCUACCGGAGCUAGCGGCCGCAGGCUCCAGGCUGGCGGUGGUAAAGUUCACAAUGGCCGGGUGCGGACCAUGUGUCAGAAUAGGUCCAGCAUUUAACACGUUGAGUAACAAGUAUCCACAAGUCGUCUUCCUUGAAGUAGAUGUCCACGUCUGUCAGUCAACAGCGGAUGCCAACAACAUAUCAGCCACACCGACAUUCUUGUUCUUCAGGAACCGGGGUAAAGUGGACCAGUAUCAAGGGGCGGACGUUGCGGGUCUGGAGGAGAAGAUCAAACAGUGGACAGAAAAUGAUUCAGGAAAUGGCGAUGACUCCGACAUACCAAAGGGAUAUAUGGACCUCAUGCCUUUUGUCAACAAAGCCGGAUGCGAGUGCCUCAACGAGAGUGAUGACUGCGGCUUUGACAAUUGCUUAGUAAAAGAUUCUUCUUACCUGGAAUCAGACUGUGAUGAGCAGUUGCUUACAACAAUCGCUUUCAACCAGCCUGUGAGGCUCUUUUCCAUGAAAUUACAGUGCUCGGAAUUUGCCCAGGCUCCUAAAGUAGUGAAGGUGUUCAUCAACCUCCCGCGCUCGAUGGGUUUCGACGACGCUGAGAGGAGCGAAGCCACCCAAACUUUGGAGCUGUCAGAGGAGGACUACAAAGACGACGGGAUAAUCCCUUUGCGCUAUGUCAAGUUUCAGAAUGUGCAGAGUGCAACGGUGUUCGUCAAAUCAAACCAAGGAGAUGAGGAGACUACAAAAAUCAACUACCUGACUUUCAUCGGCACUCCAGUACAGGCCACCAACAUGAAUGACUUUAAAAGGGUUGUGGGAAAGAAAGGAGAGAGUCACUGAGCGGGAAAGAGGAGGAUGAUGCCUCGAAGGACUUUGCCCUUUGCCAAAGCUGCCACACUUUAAAGCAGAUGUUUCUUUACACAUCAGCACAACCUCCUCAAUCUCGAAAUGAAUAAAUUGUCAGUCGCUCUGUCUAUAAAUCAUUUCUAUUGUUAUUCUAAUUAAAUCCCCUGUAAAUAAAACUGUCCUUUU